AUGGUUGUGGACUCAACACCCGAGUCGUUUGUUCGAUACGCCUUGUAUCACAGUCCAAUGGUUGAGCGUGCGUAUCAGCAAUGGCGAGCUGCAAGUGAGCGGCUGCCUCAGGUACGGUCGCUUCCUGACCCUCGUUUGAAUAUCGGAUUUUUCCUUGACGAGGUCGAAACCCGUGUUGGGCCGCAGCAAGCAAAGGUUGGGUUUCAACAAACCUUCCCGUGGAUUGGGAAGCUACAGGAUCGUGAGGAUGCGGCGGCACGGGGUGCGCUAGCGGCAUGGUACCAAUACCAAAGUAUUCAACUGAUUGUGGUUGAGCAGGUCAUCAUCGCACUGCGGGAUCUUGUGUACCUCGAUGAAGCGAUCAGGAUUACCAAGGAGAACUACGCACUACUCGGCUCGUUCGAGGAAGUCGUGCGUGCACGGUAUCGCGUUGGUGCUGGGUCGCAUCCGGAACUGAUACGGGUUCAGGUUGAGCUUGGUCAGAUCGAGGAUCGGGUAUUGGGGCUUGAAGCGCUCCGGCCGUCGUAUGUGGCCAAUCUCAAUGCAUUAUUGAAUCGACCGCCUGAAGAGGAUAUCGGCGAAGGGAUCAGCCUCACAAACUCGGUCAUCUCGGAAAGUGCACAGCAGAUUUCGCAAUCGGCUCAUGAGUGGAGUCCGGUGCUUCAAUCGAUCGCCCAGCGUGUUGAACAAGAACGGAUUGGAACGAAACUUGCUCAGAAAGACGGGUAUCCAGAUCUGACUGUCGGUAUUGAGUACAUCGUGACUGACGACGCUGCGAAUCCAUCGAUCGCCGAGAGUGGUGAUGAUCCGAUUAUGCUCACCUUUGGGAUCAACUUGCCCAUUUGGCGUGAGAAGUACGAUGCUGGCGUGCGUGAGUCGAUUGCGAAGCGGCUUUCGAUGAGCCGUGAACUGGACUCAUCAACAAAUCAACUCACAGCAACGGUAUACAAAGCAUGGUUCGAGCAUACGGAUGCGGAUCGACGGGUACGACUGUAUGAGGACUCAUUGAUACCGAAAGCUCAGGAGUCGCUUUCAGCAUCGCUUGGUGGAUUCCGUACCGGUGAUUCAGAGUUCUUGGAUCUGCUCGAUACCCAGCGCACUCUGCUUGAGUUCUCAAUAUCAGCAGAAAGAGCGAGAGCCGAUCGAGGGAAGGCACUGGCGACGCUCAAUCGCCUUGUUGGUGCAGCCAUGAGUUCGUUGAGAGCAAGAAUUUCUCCUGUAUUGAACUGGGUUUGGACGCAUACUUCUGCAGCAAUUGCAUUGGUACUGAUCGUUGUCGCGUUGCUCGUUGGCUACAACAUCGGAAGCCCAAAUACCACUGUAGAUUCAAAGUCAGACCAUUCAGAGCUUGCGGGAUCCGAAGAGUCCGGCCCACAAAUGUACACAUGCUCGAUGCAUCCUUCCGUGCGUCUGACUGAUCCGAACGCAAAGUGUCCGAUUUGCUUUAUGGAUCUGAUUCCUGUCAAGGAUAGCGCGAGUGGUGAUGGUGCUGAGAUCCAGCUGGUGCUCUCUGAGUCUGCCAUGUCGAUGAGCCAAAUUGAAACAACGGAGGUCGGGCGAUUCUUUCCAUCUACUGAGAAUCGUUUGUUUGGAAAGUUGGCUUAUGACGAAACAUCGGUGGCACGGAUCAGUGCGUACUUUCCAGGAAGGAUUGAACGACUCUUUGUGAAUUACAUCGGCGUAAGUGUUCAGGAAGGGGACCAUCUUGCUGAGCUAUACAGCCCGGAUCUGCUUUCAUCAUUUGAAGAACUUGUACAGGCGAAGAAAUCAGCAGAGAAUGCGAGUGGGGGGAGUUCAUUCCUUCGAGAAACAGCGAACCAAACCCUCCAGGCUUCGAGAGAUAAACUCCGGCUGUUUGGGCUCACAGCAGAACAGAUCGAGCAAGUUGAGCGGGGUGACUUUGACUCCGAUGAGUUGACUGUCUACUCACCGAUCGGCGGUGUUGUCACACAUCUUGCGGCUCGUGAGGGCGAUUAUCUUGAUACUGGUGACCCGAUUGCAACGGUCUCUGAUCUGAGUCGUCUUUGGCUUGAUCUUGAGGCGUACGAAUCACAGUUGUCGAUGCUGCGCUGGGGUUUGCCGGUGACCUUUACUGUUGAAGCUCAUCCGGGAGAGAUCUUCGAGGGGCAGGUGUCAUUUAUCGAACCAAUUGUUGAUGAGCAGACACGCACGGCUGCAGUCCGUGUUGCGGUUGAUAACUCCGAGUUAAGGUUAAAGCCUGGAAUGUUUGCGACAGCAAUGGUCCGGGCAAAAGUUGCUGCUGAUGGUGCGGUGCUUUCUGAUGAACUUGCUGGCAAAUGGGUGAGUCCGAUGCAUCCGACCAUUGUCAAGGACGAGCCUGGGAAUUGUGAUGUUUGUGGUAUGGACUUAGUGACCGCAGAGUCGCUUGGUGCUGUCGGCGAUUCUUCAAAAGCUGAGAUGCCGAUGGUGAUUCCUCGGAGUGCGGUGCUGUUUACCGGGACUCGAUCGGUGGUGUAUGUUCAAGUUCCAGAUAAGGAACAGCCAACAUAUGAGGGGCGAAUCGUCGAUCUUGGGUUACGGGCGGGUGAGUUCUACACGGUUCGUGAUGGGCUCAAAGUGGGUGAUCAAAUCGUGGUCAAUGGCGCAUUCAGGAUUGACAGCGCCAUGCAGAUUUCUGCCAAGCCAAGCAUGAUGAUGCCGAGCGGUGGGGGUGGCGGAGGCGGUCACAAUCAUGGAGGGAGUCCGUCUUCAAUGGGCUCAAUGGAGAUGAAAGACUCGGUGCCUGGUGGGUUUGUCGAAGAUUUAGACUCGGUCUAUACGGCUUAUCUGGAUGCUCAAGAACGGUUGGCUGAUGACGAUCUGAGUGGCUAUCUCGAUGCAGCCAUGCAGCUAGAUCGUUCGGUUGAAUCUGUUCGAGUGGUUGGUCUUGUUGGUGAAUCACUCGGUACUUGGCGGCGUGUGGCGAGCAAACUGUCACAGGAAUCGCCCGCAACAACGAUGGACGCUGCACGGUUGAACUUCGAACGAAUGUCAGAAGCGAUCAUGGAACUGCAGGAUCGGUUUGGGAAUGCGGCGGAUGAAACGAUCUAUACGGCGUACUGCCCAAUGGCUUUCGAUUUCAAGGGUGCCAAAUGGAUUCAGCGUGGUCAAGAGAUCAAUAACCCGUACUUUGGCAGCGAGAUGCUGCGAUGCGGUGAUAUUGAAAAGGCACAUGAGCCGCUCGGUUUGCAAGACCAUGACAGUAUGGAUAUGAACAUUGAUCCGGAGAUGGAAAUGGGCAUGCCAAAUGCUGCUGAACACGAAGGGCAUGACCAUGACUGA